AUGGCAAACAUCGUUCACGCGGUCCGAUUCUGCGCCUUCAAGGUGGUGAAUGUGCUGGCCGUCUGCUCCAUGCCUUUUGAGAUCCGUCUUGUGGACUUCACCAAAACGCAUCGACCAAUAGCCAGCUAUGAGCCGGAGCUGCACCCAGCCGCAACAUACAAGAUAAAGUCCUUGUCGGCCACGCUGCAGAUCUUUUCAACGGGCAGCAUCACACUCACAGCGCCGAACGUGUCCCUGAUUGCGCAGGCCAUAGAGCAGAUCUACCCGCUGGUGUGCGCCUGCAGAAAGGUCACGUGAUUGUGGUCUCUCUUUCGCUCGCCUGCAAUGAAAAGGAGAGGAAACAAAAGUGACAAAAAUAAAACUACGGAGAAGCAAAGACGCUAGAACACCGCACGGAGGGAAGAAAUAACGACGAGACAUUACACGCUACGGAAAUAUUCAAAAGCAGCUCGCGAAUGCAAACUCUCCCUACGAAGACAAAUUUCAACGGCGUUCAACCCAGCAACCACUUGCGCAGUGACCCCGGAGCAGCAUGAACAUCUGUUUACUGACGAGCAGGACAGGUUUACAUUCAGUAUAUAACUUGCAUUGCUCGCGUCGUUAAAUAACAAAACAUAUUUUAGGGGUUGUGGGGGAAAUGUUUUAGAUUUCUGAAUGAGCCAUUGCUUGUGGGUGUUUUAGUCUUUUGUCAUUUGCCGCCGUACUGUGUUGUUUUUGUUUUAACCUCUUAACACGUGUAUCUCAUUGCAUUGUAAUCACCUCGCCCCCACCGUGUCUUUUAAAAGCAUUUCGUCGUCGUUUUGCGCUUUCACACAAGGCGAAGAGAAGUCUGAAAUUUUGAAGUUGCAUUUUCAGCGACGCGCACACAAAACCGCUUCGGUGUGUAACGUGACACUUCUUUUUGAAGGCCCCUAUCGAAUCGAAAAAUAACCUAAUGCUUCGGAGCAUUCGGAGUGACAUGUUCGGUUGCGUAUUGUUCCGGAAGUGGGUUCCCCCCCCCCCUCCCACAGCACAGCAUCAAAGCAUUGAGAUACGGUAGAUGUGGCCAAGAUAAACCAGAAUGUGGCUGUGGAUACAGCAGAGAAGCGGGCUCCUAAGAUGUUAUAGUUUAUUCAAAGAAAAUAUACGGAACAAGAGAAAUAUCAUGUGAUUUAUACCGGCCGGUCGUGGAAUUUGUCCUCAGUCCGGAGAUGAAGUCUUUAUUUCAAUCUUGAUGGGGCUUAAUUUUCUGGAAACGUUUUCAGCAUUGGAAUCUGGAUAAAAACGGCUGGCAGUGGUGGGGAAAUUUUUCUACGAGAAAAUCGAGGUGGCGCUUGUCCCGAAUGUUGUGAAGCAUUCAGUCCACUGCAGGGAUGUGGUUUAAAAAGUCAAGCAGCAAGGGACAUGAAAAUCUGCUUGCGUGCUUAUUAACAGUGCACAGCUGAACGAUAUCGGAGGUUGGCUUAAAGGUAAGGGAUAGUAAAAACAGGGAGCCUAAAAUGUGAACUUUUGAGUUUUCAGCCUCUCUUAUUCUCUCCCGCAUGAAGGCGGCAUGUGUUGUGUUGCACUGACGCCUGUCUUCCCAGGUGAGAGGACCCAACCCACCAAAUGAGUUCGUAACCCCACACCCCACCACGUUUCGUCAUUUUCCAUGGCUUACAGAAAAUACACUUUCUCAAAAAAGUGGCUUUAAAAGAGCUACAUUUUAAGCGUCGGCCUGUGAGCAAUGAGAGCGGCCGUUGUAGCCACCGAUUAGCACAUAUUUGCAGCCCCAUCAACUCCUACGGUUUGGGAAUUGCAGCUCAGCAAGAGGGCCUGGUCAAUGCCGCCUUCACACGCGUGCGAGCGUCAAACAUGAUGGCAACCCGUGCACGUCCGCCGCUGCCAUUGACUGUGGAGACGACCAACUGCCACCGAUUCCUGCCACCGUCGAAAUGUCACCAAUUCCGUGGUCAUUUAAAUUCGCGAAGCAAUAUUUUCGUUUCGGCCCUUGGGGCUGCACAUUGAAUCUAAAGCAAUGCGAAUCUAUAGAAUCUACAGUGGUAUUGGCAGAUACAAAUCAAACAUGGAUUAGUACGUGCACAAUUCAAUGCGUUGUAUUGUGAGUCUAAUCCGUUUCGGUUGAUAUGAAUGCCAAACGCUUGGCCAUUUGAAACUAUUUAAUGAUCUACGAUCAUGAUCAUGUGGAUCAGCUCCAGCCCUUUGCCCAGCCAACACGAUUGUGCUGUGUUCACAAUAAUAGUUUAACUUGGAUUGUAAUAAAGUUGUGGUUAGUUUUUUCGUAGCAACUUAUUGUGUUUUUUUUACUUGCAUCGUUCUUUGGGGUGACAUCUGGUUCUGAGGAAAUAAAUUUGUGCUUUCAUUU